AUGCUGCUGCUAUAUUCUCCCUGUUCUUUGGCUCCCGUUACUCGUUUCCUCGCGUUGUCCACAAUCGCGCUCCCUUCUGUUCGUCGCCCACACUUCCAACCGUCGCUCCCUUCCAUUCGCCUCCCUCCCUUCCGCUCGUCGCCCUCCCUUCCGCGCGUCGCCCUGCUCGUCUCUCUGCCUUUCGCCCGUCCCCUCUCAUCCGCCCGUUGCUCCACCUUCCACGCGCCGCCCUCCCAUCCGAACGUCGCUCCCGUCACCGUCCCUUCCGCCCGUCGCCCUCCCUUCCGCCCGUCGCCCUCCCUUUCGCGCGUCGCCCACCCUUCCGCCCGUCGCCCACCCUUCCGCCCGUCGCUCUCCCUUCCGCCGGUCGCCCACCCUUCCGUCCGUCGCUCUCCCUUCCGCCGGUCGCCCACCCUUCCGUCCGUCGCUCUCCCUUCCGCCCGUCGCCUUCCCUUCGUCUCGUCGCCCUUCCUCCCGCUCGUCCCCUCGCAGUCCCCGUCCUCCUCUCUCCCCGUCGCCCUCGCCAUCCCUCCCGUCUCCCUUCCCAUGGUGCACACUUGUCACCCUUCCCUGCUUUCCCCCAUCCCCUUCCCUGCUUUCCCCCAUCCCCUUCCCUGCUUUCCCCCAUCCCCUUCCCUGCUUUCCCCCAUCCCCUUCCCUGCUUCCCCCCAUCCCCUUCCCUGCUUCCACCCAUCCCCUUCCCUGCUUCUACCCAUCCCCUUCCCUGCUUCCCCCCAUCCCCUUCCCUGCUUCCCCCCAUCCCCUUCCCUGCUUCCCCCCAUCCCCUUCCCUGCUUCCCCCCAUCCCCUUCCCUGCUUCCCCCCAUCCCCUUCCCUGCUUCCCCCCAUCCCCUUCCCUGCUUCCCCCCAUCCCCUUCCCUGCUUCCCCCCAUCCCCUUCCCUGCUUCCCCCCAUCCCCUUCCCUGCUUCCCCCCAUCCCCUUCCCUGCUUCCCCCCAUCCCCUUCCCUGCUUCCCCCCAUCCCACACCCUGCUUCCCCCCAUCCCCUUCCCUCCUUCCCCCCAUCCCCUUCCCUGCUUCCCCCCAUCCCCUUCCCUGCUUCCCCCCAUCCCGUUCCCUGCUUUCCCCAAUCCCCUUCCCUGCUUCCCCCCAACCCUUGCCCUGCUUUCCCCCAACCCCUUUUCUGCUUCCCCCAAUCCCGUUCCCUGCUUCCCCCCAUCCCAUUCCCUGCUUCCCCCCAUCCUGUUCCCUGCUUCCCCCCAUCCCCUUCCCUCCUUCCCCCCAUCCCCUUCCCUGCUUCCCCCCAUCCCAUUCCCUCCUUCCCCCCAUCCCCUUCCCUGUUCCCCCGUAUCCCAUUCCCUGCUUCCCCCCAUUCCCUUCCCUCCUUCCCCCCAUCCCCUUCCCUGCUUUCCCCCAUCCCCUUCACUGCUUCUCCCUUUCUCCCUGUUCCCUGUCUCCGUGUUAGCCAUUUCACUGAACCUGCUUUCCCCCACCCUCUGCACUGCUUCCUCCCUACCCCUGCCCUGCUUCCCCUCAUCCUCUGCCCUCCCUUUCCUUCAUCCUCUGCCCUCCCUUCCCCUCAUCCUCUUCCCUCCCUUCCCCUCAUCCUCUGUUCUGCUUCCUUCAUCCUCGCCCACUUUAUCGCCUGCCCACUUUACCGCCUGCCCACCUUACCGCCUCAAAUCCUUCCCUUCUCAUCCGCGCGCAGGUGUGGCGGAAGGUGUACGUGGCGUGGAGCAUGUUGGAGGAGCGGCUUGACGUGA